AUGAGGAAAGCCUAUGCCAAGCUUCACGGCAGCUACGAUUCCAUCGAGGGCGGCUUCGUGAAUGAUGCUUUGGUAGACAUGACAGGAGGCAUCGGAGAAAAGAUGCACCUGCACGACAAGGCUGCCAGGAAAGAGAUCAACGAUGGCACGAUGUGGGCGAAGCUCUUGAGCCUUGCCCGUGACGGCCAUUUGCUAGGCUGCGGAUCGGGGUCCGGGAAAGACACUGACAUCAGCCCGGUGCUAAGUCUGCUUGGGCAGCAGCUCGUGAAGCUCCGGAAUCCCUGGGGUUCAACCGAGUGGAAAGGAAAGUGGAGUGACGGCGACAAAGAUAGCUGGACACAGAAGAUGAAGAAAAAGCUGGAUUACGUGAAUGCGGAUGAUGGUUCCUUCUGGAUGGCCUUCGAAGACUUUGUGAAUCACUAUCGAUGCGUGUACAUUUGUCGACUUUUCGAUGACGGAUGGAACCGCUGCUUCAUUUGUUCGGAGUGGCGAGGUGAAACAGCAGGUGGUUGCAGAAACUAUCCUACUUACGACAAGAAUCCCAAGAUUCAGCUUGUCAUAAAGGGGCGAGUGAACCUCAUCCUCACCCUUGAGCAGGCAGACCCCAGAGGUAAGCACGAGGGUGACAGUGAAGUGCCCAUCGGCUUCAGGGUCUACAGAGACCGCUCAUUGUCUGGGAACGGACUCUGUGGCACGUCAACCUACGCGUACGACCGCGAGAUGUGCGUGGAUGUCGAGCUGACGGAGAACACAUCCGGCCCGUAUAUCAUCCUUCCCACAACUUUCAAGCCAAACAUGGAGAGAGGCUUCAUAAUGAAAGCCUUCUGGAAAGGUGCCGCAGAUGCUGUGCAGAUGCAGAAGGAUUAA